GAGAGAGACCAGCCAGCGCACGCCAAGCAAACCACCCCGCGCGCGGCCAUGUGGCGGCGGGCAGCGACGGCGGCGCUGGCGCUGGGGGCCGGCGCCGGCGCCCACGCCGUCGCCACCUCCGAGGACCCGGCCAGGACCCUCAAGAUCUGCCGGCACCUGCCCCCGCGCCUCCUCCGCGACUCGGUCGCCGCCGCCACCAUCGCCUUCGACUACCACUACUCCCUCUGGGGCCUCCAGCCGGACUCCCCCGCCUGGCUCACCGCCAAGCGCGACGCCCACCUCCGCUCCGCCCACCGCCUCCAGGACCUCUGCUUCCGCAACGGCGGCAUCUACAUCAAGCUCGGCCAGCACAUCGCGCAGCUGGAGUAUGUCCUGCCGCAGGAGUACGUGCAGACGAUGAGGGAGUCGAUGCUCAAGAGGUGCCCGGUCUCCUCAUACGAGGACGUCCAAGGGGUCUUCAAGAAGGAGAUUGGAGAGUUGCCAGAAACCGUUUUCGCAGAAUUCGACCCUGUCCCGCUUGCAAGUGCUUCUCUUGCGCAAGUCCAUGCCGCCACAACACAUGAUGGGAAGAAAGUCGCUGUUAAGGUUCAACACGACCACUUGCUGGAUACUUCUGUAAUAGAUAUCGCCACCGUGGAUUUAGUAGUGAAUGCUCUUAGUUACAUUUUCCCUACAUUUGACUACAGGUGGCUAGUUGAUGAAAUUCGAGAAAGUGCGCCUAAGGAAUUAGAUUUUUUAUGUGAAGCUCAGAACAGUGAAAGAUGUCUGGUUAACUUUAGAAAGUUAUCUCCUCACAUUGCGAAUAGCAUAUACACCCCCAAGGUUUAUUGGAACCUCAGCACGUCAAGAAUUCUUACCAUGGAGUACAUUGAUGCCAAGGAGGUAACUGAUGUCAAAGGCAUUAAAGACCUCGGAAUGCGCCCUGUUGAUGUUUCAAACCUAGUGAAUAAAGCAUUUGCUGAAAUGAUCUUCAAGCAUGGUUUCGUUCAUUGUGAUCCCCACGCUGCCAAUAUGAUGAUCCGACCCUUGCCACAAGACAGUAAAAAAUGGUUUGGAUCGAAACGGCCACAACUGGUUCUUCUUGACCAUGGUCUUUACAAAGAACUUGAUCACGCUACAAGGAUAAACUAUGCUUCUCUUUGGAAGGCGCUUGUUCGCGCCGAUGAGAAUGGAAUUAAGGAGUACAGUAUCAAACUAGGUGCUGGGGAGGAUCUUCAUGUACUUUUUGCUGGGGUUCUCACAAUGAGGCCAUGGAAAAGUGUCAUUGACCCAUCUUUUGGUCAUCUUGUUCUGGAUGGGAAUAAUACCGAUCGUUCUGAAAUGCAGAUGUAUGCUAACUUGUAUUUCCCACAAAUCUCGGAGCUCCUCAGGAGACUACCAAAUGUCAUCUUGCUGAUGCUUAAGACGAAUGACUGUUUACGUGCAGUCAAUCAUGCCCUGGUUGGAGGAUCUACCCCGGAAUCAUUUGAGAUCGUUGCACGAGUCUCUUCCGAAGCUGUGUUUGAAGCUAAAAGGAUGGAGAAGAGGUUCUUUCUAUAUAGAUUUAUAAUAUGGCUGGAGGAGCUUUUGAUGGAAUUUCACCUACUUAAAAUGAAGCUGUGGUUGCAUUAUCAACAACCCAUGAAGUUACUGGCUGGGUAAAAGCAGCUCGGCAUAUCGACAGUUUUUUGACUAGUGUAAAUGCGAAAUUGGCAUCUAGUUCGAAGAGAAACAUGGCAUUGCCUUGUUAUUUAUGCAUAAUUUUUCCCUGUGUUAGAUCUUAGGUUUUCUUUGAUUGUACACCUCCCAUAUAGAAGAUACGACAGUUUCGGGACCAAAUGUUCAUUUUGGUAGGGUGGAUAAAGCACACAAAUUCCCAUCACUGUACAGUGUGAAUGAUCAAGCUCUUAUUCCAGCAUGAUACAUUUGUGUCGAUAAGUGCGAAGUUCUUUGUUGAUACGAUA